ACUUAAUUAACAAGUCACCAUUGACAAGACCGAGGACUCCAAGGCUUGAUCGGGAAACUACAGACAAGGUGCUUUGCCCUUGAUGACCUUCAGGUACCAUGUCAAGGUCAAUUGCUUUCAUUACAGUUUGCCAUUUAAUACUGAGAGUUUCAUCGAUUCUUCCGCCUCCACGGAAUGUCCAGCUGGUUUCGAAAAAUUUUCAACACAUCCUGACCUGGGAGGACAGCAUUAAUAAUGAGACUGUCAGAUAUUACAACGUAUACUACCGUCUCAAGAGAAGCGUACGGUGGAUUCCUGUUGAUGAAUGCUCCAAUAUUACCAACCUGUGGUGUGAUCUUUCGGACUAUUUCUCAGAGCCUAAGGUGUAUUAUGGAGCCAUCGUGCAAAGCUUUAUACAUAAUGACGUAUCAAAUGUGUCAUCUUCUAAGUGGCUGAUUCCAAUUCGUGACACAUCACUGGGUCCACCAAUAGUCAGUCUUGUUGGAUGUGACAAGUGUGUUCGUGUUACUAUAAACCCUCCCAAAUCACACCUUAAGAGUAAAGACACAAAGCUCACUAUUCCCAUUCUGCAUGAAGAAGUGUAUCCUCUGCUCAUCUACACAAUUUCAGUGAUGCAGCCGGAUCAGGACACACAGCCAUACCCAAACCUGGCACAAGUGGCAAGUCAUGAGAACUUUACUACUGUGGUUAAACAUUUGCUUCCAAGCACCAAGUAUUGUGUAGCUGUUACUGUAAGUGCGAGUAGUAACUUAAACAUGCCGAUACAGUCUGCCUGGAAAUGUGCCACCACCAAAUCAGAUCACGGAAAAGGUUGGAAUGUAACCAAUGCCACUAUUUCCGCCAUUAGUGUAUUUGUUAUUUUAAUUGGAUUUUUAUCGUUAAUUGGACUGAAUAUUACUGGAUACAUUUGCUUCAGAAAGAACAUGCUCCCCAGUGUUCUGACAUUGACUCCAAAAUCAGAGAGUGUAUUUUAUGAAAACCCUGUACUUCAUUACGCUGCAGCUGUAGCAACUGAGGAAUCAUUAACCGAGAACCAAGACCACGGAAUAGAACGUGAAUACCGUUGCCCAAAUUAUAGUCCAAGAAGGAUGCUGGAUAACGACCAAGGCGACAGAAGUGGCCAAGAAAACAGUGAUUCAGAUCCUUCUGGAACACCUCCAUUAGCUGAAAGUAGUGGUCCAAACUGUGGAUUUCCAUCCAACACCGGAGCAUCAAGAGAACCCCUACCUGUCUUAGGCUGUGAUGAAAUGAAUCAUUUUUCACCUGUUAAGUUGAACAUCAACCCCCAUAUUUCAUGUUGCAGGGAAGAAAGGGUUAAUAUUGAUCUCCAUUCCGUAUUAGUAGGGGAUCUUGAAAACCUCUGGAUAGGUUCCAAAGAUUUAUCUCAAGAGAAAUCCAGAGAGACUAAUGCAGCUUUAAAUGGUUCUGAAGAUCCACCUACCGUAUAUGAACCUAGGCUCUUUGUUAAUAUUUUAAAACUGGAGAUACCAAGAACUCAGGUGUUGAAGGAACACAGCUUGGAGGCGAUUCCUUCAGAUAAUAAUGGUGCUCGAUACUCAGAGGACCCUUGCACUUGGGAAUAUUGGUACCGCAUCGCGCUUGUAGCGGCAACUUCAUCCGCUCCACCACCUCCAUGGAACGUCCAGCUGGUCUCUAAAAAUUUUCAACAUGUCCUCACCUGGGAGAACAACAAUACCUGCGCUUCUGUAUUCUACUGCUGCUAUUUUUGCGGAAAUUCCCAGUGGGUUCCUGUUGAUAAAUGCUCCAAUAUUUCAAGCCAGAUUUGUGUCCUGACAGAAUAUUUGACGCGUAUUCAUGAAUAUUAUACCGUGCGCGUGCAAAGCUGUGACUCCAAUGUUUCAAGUAAAUCAGUGUACCUGACACCAAUUGAAGACACGAUGCUGGGUCCACCGCUCGUUGGUGUUAUCGGGGGUAACCAAUCUAUUAAAGUCAAAAUAAACCCUCCCGUAUCAAGCAUCGGCAAAGAGCAAAACGUUUCCAUGCUGAGCAAUGAAGUCUACCCUGUAAUGACUUACACGAUUAUGGUGGUUCAGCCAGGCAAGAGUCCUUGGCCGUUUAUAAACCUUUCAAAGGAGGCUGUUCAUGAAAACUAUGUUUAUGUGAUUAAAGAUUUGCUCCCGAACACCAAUUACUGCGUGUCUGUUAGUGUCAGCACAAGUAAUAAUUUAAACGGACCUAUUGCAUCUGAAUUAAAGUGUGCCACCACUAAUAAAGAUGUCAAUGUCGAUCUAAUUAUAGUUUGCACUCUUGUUUCAAUUACUUUAAUUGGAUUAGUAUUGUUGCUAAUUGCACUGGACAAAGCUGGGUACCUUUUCUUUGGAAAGCACUUCACCCCCAAAGUUUUGAAACAUUUAACAAAGUCGGAGAGCAUAUUUUACGAAAAUACAGAAGCUUGUCACCAAGCAUGUGUGGUGCCUGUGGUUGUAAAGCAGAAAACCGAGGAGGCCCGUGAGAGCGGCUAUGAAGACUGUGAUCGUGGUUAUUGUAAUAGGAAAAAGGUCCUUGAUAGUGAUCAAAGUGCUCCUCUCACUUCAGAAGAACCUUUAUCAGUAGAAUCUAGUGGCCAAGACUCCAGCUCUUCAACGGGAGUAGCAAUCCUUAAGGAGCUUGCACCAGUCCAGGAUGCUGAAGAAAGCUGGCCUUUAAGAAUACAUGUGCCAGCUGCUGAGACAGACGCAAACUUAAACCUCCCAUCACGCGACAGGGAGACAUUUAACGUCAAUUUAAAUUCUGUUUUGGUAGGAGACCCGGAGAGUCUCUGGAUGGAUGUGCAAAAAGCACAUCCGGACACUGACAGAGAACCUUUAUUGAUCCUUCGUGGGGCUGGAGUGCGUACGGGAGAGGCUGAGCUCGGGUUGUUUGCUAAUGGGCAUGAUGCACAAACAAUACCUGAAUCUGAGGACUACUGUGCAUCAGAGGAAGAUGUUAAUUCCGAUAACGGUGAAUCAGAUGAACAUUUUGUUUCUCAUUACAUGAGGAGAUGCGGUUUUACGACUUAACCCCUUCACAAUGCUGUUAAUACCUGCAUUGCUGCGGCUUUGCAGGAUCCACGAAAGCCUCCCGAGUGAGGCUGACCGUGGAUCAUGGGAGGAAAGCCCUC